AUGGGCCUCAGCAAGAUCGGCGCGCUCGUCGCUGCCCUGGCCGCUGCCAGCCAGGUCGCGGCUCACGGCUUCGUCAGCGAUGUGAUCAUCAACGGCGUCAAGUACAAGAACUACGACCCUACCAGUGACUGGUACCAGGCCCCGGCCAACCGUCCCAUCCGUGCCGGCUGGACCGCCGAGCAGGAGGAUCUCGGCUUCGUUGCCCCCAACGCCUACGGCACACCCGAUAUCAUCUGCCACCGACAAGCCACCCCCGGCAAGGGCCACAUCCGCGUCGCUGCUGGCGAUGUCGUCACCCUCCAGUGGAACACCUGGCCCGAGUCCCACAAGGGUCCUGUCUUCGACCACCUCGCCAACUGCAACGGCCCCUGCGAGUCGGUCAACAAGAACGACCUCCGGUUCUUCAAGAUUGACGGUGCUGGUCUCACGACCGCCCCCUCGACCUACGCUGGUGAUGUUCUCAUCCAGAACAAGAACCAGUGGUCCGUCCGUAUCCCAGCCAACAUUGCGGCCGGCAACUAUGUUCUCCGUCACGAGAUUCUCGCCCUCCACUCCGCCGCCCAGGCCAACGGCGCCCAGUCCUACCCCCAGUGCAUCAACCUCGAGAUCACCGGCUCCGGCACCUCCAAGCCCGCCGGCACCGCCGGUACCUCCCUCCUCUCCUCCACCGAGGCCGGCGUCAACUGGAACGUCUGGGUCCCCGCCACCUCCUACCCCGUCCCCGGCGGCCCCAUCGUCGAGGGUGGCGUCAGCCAGAUCCCUCAGUCCGCCGUCACCGCCACGGCCACCGGCACCGUCACCCCCGCCGGCCAGACCGGCCCCGCCCCCACCGUCGCGCCCCCUACCGUCCCUCCUCCCGUCACCACCACCGCUGCCGCGCCGACCACCCUCCGCACCACCACCGUCGCCGCCCCUCCUCCCCAGACGACGCAGCCCUCCAACGGCGCCACCGCACCCGUGUGGGGCCAGUGCGGCGGCCAGGGCUGGACCGGACCUACUGCUUGCGCGGCGGGCAACCGCUGCAACGUCCAGAACGCAUACUACUCGCAGUGCGUGCCCAACUAA